GUUCUGCGUUUUCAGGGGGAGUGGGUGUGGGUGGACUCUGUCAUCGGGGUACCCAUCGGAGCCAGGGUCCAAGUAAAACCAUCUGGUCAGAGGUUACUUGUGGACGAUGAGGGAAAGGAGCAGAUUCUGUCCACAGAGCAGGAAGCAGCCUCCCUCAGGAUCAUGCACCCUACGUCAGUAGAGGGUGUGGAUGACAUGAUAAAACUGGGGGAUAUGACCGAGGCUGGCCUCCUCCGAAACCUGCUGCUCCGACACAAAAAAGGAAUCAUCUAUACCUACACAGGCUCUGUGCUGGUAGCAGUGAACCCAUACAAGUAUUUUCCUAUAUAUUCAGCUGACCAGGUUAGGUUGUACCAUGGUCGAAAGCUUGGGGAACUCCCGCCGCACAUCUUUGCCAUCGCUGAGUCCUGCUACUUUAACAUGACACGCCAUCUGAGGAACCAGUGCUGCAUCAUCAGUGGGGAGUCAGGAGCAGGGAAGACAGAGAGCACUAAGCUGAUCCUGCAGUACUUGGCAGCAGUCAGUGGUGAGCUCUCUGAACAGAGGAUUGAAAAACAGAUCCUGGAGUCCAAUCCAAUACUAGAAGCUUUUGGAAAUGCUAAAACAAUCCGCAAUGACAACUCCAGUCGCUUUGGGAAAUAUCUUGAGAUCUUCUACAAUAAGGACGGAGUGAUUGAAGGUGCACGUGUGGAGCAGUAUCUUCUGGAGAAGUCUCGCGUCUGCCAUCAGGCACUGGAGGAGCGAAACUACCACAUGUUUUAUUGCAUGUUGAGAGGAAUCACAGCACAGGAGAAGAAAACUCUGAGGCUUGGAGAUGCUAAAGAAUACAAAUUCCUUACUAAGGGUGACUGUAUCAUGUGUGAAGGCAGGGACGAUGCCAAAGACUACAGUCGUAUUCAAACUGCUAUGAAAAUCCUGACCUUCUCGGAAAUCCAGUGUCAGGAAAUCCUCAAGCUGCUGGCGGCCAUAUUACACCUUGGAAACGUCUGCUUCAAGGCCACCACUCAAGAUAACCUGGAAACCAGUGAUGUCAGCAAGUCGGAACAUUUCAGCAUGGCAGCAUCUCUACUGGAGGUACAGAAGCGUUCUCUGGAAACAAGUUUGACCCACCGUUCCUUUAUGACCAACAGGGAGAUGGUGACCAAGCCCCUCAGCUCUGAACAGGCUGCUGACUGUAGAGAUGCAUUCGUAAAGGCUAUCUACAACAAGCUAUUCAUAUGGAUCGUUGAGAAAAUCAACAGUGUCAUCUAUAAGAAGUUGACCAACAGCCCCAAGUCUUCCUGCCUGACCAUCGGCCUGCUUGACAUCUUUGGCUUUGAGAACUUCAACACAAACAGUUUUGAACAGCUGUGCAUUAAUUUUGCCAAUGAGAAGCUCCAACACUUCUUCGUAGGUCACAUCUUCAAGCUGGAGCAGAAGGAGUACCUGAAAGAGGGCAUUGUAUGGAAUAACAUAAAAUUUGGUGACAAUCUGAAGAUCCUAGACCUUCUGGCUGGGAAACCCUGUAACCUGCUGGCUCUGAUUGAUGAGGAGAGCAAUUUUCCAAAGGGCACAGACUUCACUAUGCUGAACAAGAUGAACCAGCAACAUAGUGGGAACAAGACCUACAUCGCCUCAAAGAGUGAAUAUGACACAAACUUUGGGAUUCAACACUUUGCAGGCGUGGUUUACUAUGACUCGAAAGGCUUCCUGGAAAAAAACAAAGAUGCUGUCAGUUUUGACAUAAUCAAUAUGGUUGAAAUAUCCACCAAUAAGCUACUUCAUCAGAUAUUCGAGACUGAGUUUUCAUCCAAUGGGUUUGACAAACGUAAACAAGUGCCGACGCUGAGCGGUCAGUUCCGUCAGUCUCUGGACUCCCUCAUGAAGGCUUUGUCCGCCUGCCAGCCUUUCUUCAUCCGCUGCUUCAAACCCAACAAUGACAAGCAGUCAGAGGUCUUUGACAGAGAGCUGUGUAUGCGUCAGCUGAGAUACUCUGGCAUGCUGGACACCAUCCGCAUCCGGAAUCUGGGGUAUCCAAUUCGCCACACCUUUGAGGAAUUCCUGAAGCGCUACAGGGUGCUCCUGAAGACGACUAUCUGUGACCCCAAAACUGAGACAGCUGCUGCCUGUUGUGAAGCCAUCUGCAAGACAGUGAUUAAAGAGGAGGACGAGUGGAAAACAGGCAGGACCAAGAUUUUCCUGAAGGAUGCCCAUGACGCCGUCCUGGAACGACUGAGGGAACAAGAACUCAGCAGGAUGGCUGUGAUCAUCCAGAGGGUUGUCCUGGGACACAAAGACAGAAAGUGUUUUCUGAAGAAGCGAACGGCAGCUGUGGUGUUGCAGAGGCGCUGGAGAGCUUACAGAGAAGAUAAAGAGCAAAGAAAACUCAAGCAUGGCCUUGAACGUCUGGCAUCAAAGAUCCGUAGUCGGAAGCUCCAGUUACAGUACCAAAGACAGCGAGCAGCAGCACUCACCAUACAGAGGCAGGUACGAGGCUACAGGAUGAGGAAGAGCUGGAAGCAAAAGAGAGAGGCAGUCAUCCUGCUGCAGGCUCAUACCAGAGGACUCCUAGCCAGAAGAGCGGCUCAAAAGAUGAGGAAUAAUGCCUUCACUUUACGCCUGGAGAAAGAGAAGCGGGAGCAAAUAGCCUUGACGCUUAGGCAGGGACUGAAGGAACUUGCCCUCCAGUCACAGCAAGCCGACGAGGAAUCGGAGCAAGUCACUGAACAGGAUGCAGAGGAGAACUCAUAUGAUCUCCGGCCUGCACCUGCUGUGGAAGUGGUGGAACAAAAAGUGUCAGAAUCAGACGAAUUUGUGAAGAGGUGUAACAUGUCAGAGGAGGCAGAGGAAGUCAUCGCUCCAACGUCAACCAGCCCUACGCCGUCACUGGAAGAGGAUGAUGACGAGUUUAAUGACGACGGCGACGAGUUUUCAUUCUACAAGUUCAGCAUCCUUCACUUCCAGGGCAACACUACUCACACACACAUCACCCAGAGACUCAAGCAGCCCCUUCUGCCUCAUGAUGAUGAAGGUGAUGCACUGGCAUGCCUGACUGUGUGGUGGAUUAUUCUGCGCUUCAUGGAGGACAUACCCGAACCAAAGUCUCUGGAUGCAACAUCUCAAGCAUCCAGCACCAUCUCGCGUCAUCUGUCUCAUAGGCAGGGCAGGAGACUGAGCCACCUGGUGGGACUUGACCAGAAAAUACUGAGGAAGAACAAGAAAAAGCUUGGAGGUGGAACCAGAAGAGCCUCGGCUAUUCCUGAGGAGACAGAGAACAUGACAGAAGACGAGGACAUUUUGAUUGGAGAAGGUCCAACGCUGGAUCGGCCACUUUCAUCCCUGGAAAAGCUGCACAUUAUCAUCGGAUAUGGUCUGACGAGAAAAGACAUACGGGAUGAGAUUUACUGCCAGAUCUGUAAGCAGCUGGUGAAAAACAAGAACAGGAGGAGCCGUAUGCAAGGCUGGACCCUUCUCUCCAUCUGUCUUGGGAUCUUCCCUGCGACAGACUUGUUCAUGAAGUAUUUGGAGAGUUUUGUCCGCAGAGGGCCAAGUGGUUAUGGAGUGUAUUGCACUAAGCGCCUGCAUCGUACCACAGCCAAUGGAGAGAGAAAAGAGUUACCCUGUUGGGUAGAGCUAAAGGCUGCCAAGUUCAAGGAGCCCAUAGAUGUUUCUGUGACUCUAAUGGAUGGCCGUACCCUCAGUCUACAUCUGGAAUCAGCCUCCACCUCUGCUGAAGUCUGUCAAGCUGUGGCUGAUAAGACUGAUCUCAAAGACACUUCUGGAUUCUCCCUGUACAUCAGCUUCUAUGAUAAGAUGUGGUCUUUGGGCAGCUGUGGGAAGCAUGUGUUGGAUGCUGUGUCUCAGUGUGAGCAAGAGAUGAAGAGGCAGGGCAAAGAGGAGAAGGACACCCACUGGAGUCUCUCCUUCCGCAAGGAAGUGUUCACACCCUGGCAUGACUGCUCAGAGGACCCAAUCAGCACAGACCUAAUCUACAGGCAGGUCAUCAAGGGAAUCAAGUCAGGAGAGUACACCAGUGAGAAGGAGGAUGAAUAUGUCCACCUGGUCGCACAGCACUAUUACAUCAAGUUUGGCUCUACAUACAGCAAAGAGAACGUCCAGAGUGUGGUCGAGGAGUGCAUCACCACCCCGCUUAUUGAGAACAAAUCUAUGACAAAAUGGAUCCAACUCAUCAGCUCAGCGCAUUUACAGGGUCCUUAUGUCAACGGGAAGCAGAGCAGAGAAAGUGUUAAAAGGGAACUGGUCGACAGUGCCCGAGAGAACUGGCCGCUCCACUUCUCCAGAUUUUAUGAAGUAACAAUGAUGUCAGGACCUCCUUUGCCCAAAAGCAGGUUUGUUGUUGCUGUAAACUGGAGUGGCAUCUUCUUCAUGGAUGGGAGAGAGAAGAGACUCCUUGUGCUUUCUUACCUAGAAGUAAAGGGAGUGCACACGAUGAGUGACAGCCAUUUCAGUGCCAAUUCAGUGUGUCUGGCCACAGUCCAAGGAGACUUUGUCCUGAAGUGUAGGGAAGCUGUGGACAUGGCUGCACUGAUAGAGAAUACCCUGGAAGGGCUGAGACAGCACUCAGUGUUUGCACUGGCCCAGCAAGAUACCAGUAAACCAGAUGACCCCAUGUUCUUGAUUUGUAAACGAGGUGACCUGCUGCUGGUAGAAAAAGAUGAAGAAUAUUCUUCUGAGGAGAACUGGAUCAAAGCAACUAACCAGCGGACAAGCGGCAGCGGUGUCGUCUAUAAGGAUACAGUGCAGUUUCUGCCAACUCUCUCUAGGCCUACUGAAGAAAUGCUGGAACUGCUGAGUCCAGGCCAGAGGAAACCUUUAGCUGCACAGAGCUCCCCACAGAGAAACGAAACAGUUGUUCCUGUCUCGCUAAAAGAGUUUGCACUUGAGAACUUCAGGCCGGCAGGUAAAGAUGUGGGUCGACAGGGUGUAUCCAGAGGGGUCAGUAGGGAGAAGCUGUGGGCUUGUUCCAGAGAACCUCUCAAGCAGCCGCUGAUGAAGAGUCUGGUCCGUAACUCUGACCUCAGCUACCUGGCCUGCAGCGCCUUCACUGCUAUCCUGAAGUACAUGGGUGACUACCCCAUCAAACACGCUCGUGGCCCUAUAGAGCUGACUGACCAGAUCUUUGGUCCGGCCACCCAGCAUGAAGCCCUGCAGGAUGAAAUCUACUGCCAGAUUAUGAGACAGAUGACCAGCAACAAAAACAGGCUGAGUAUGGAGCUUGGGUGGCAGCUGAUGUGGCUGUGUUCAGGCUUGUUCCCGCCCAGUCAGAGUUUGAUGAAACACACUCAACGCUUCCUGGAGUCGCGGCCCAGAGACCCGCUGGCUGCCGUCUGCCUGCAGCGGCUGCAGGGGAUGCGCAGUAAGGAGCCCAGGAAGCUUCCUCCCCAUCUGGUAGAAGUGGACGCCAUCCAACAGAACAGCACCUUGAUCUUCCAUAAAGUCCAUUUCCCAAAUGACACAAGGGAUAUAUAUGAGGUAACGUCGACAACCACAAUCAAAGACCUGUACUGCAGUAUUGCCUCUCAGCUCAAACUGAGCUCAGCUGAAGGAUAUGGCCUCUACCUGAAAACACAAAACAAGAUCAUGAGCUUGGAUGAGCAGAAAUAUUUCUUUGACAGUUUAAGGGAGACUGCAGACUCCUUUAAGAAAGCAAAAAGAGUGAAAGAAGGCAACCAGGCCAAUGUUCCCUACCUCGUGAUCUUUAAGAGGAAGCUAUGGUUCAAUGUGAACCCAGGGAAAGACCAGGUUGCAGACCUCACAUUCCAUUUCCCACAGGAGCUGCCUAAGUACCUGCGGGGAUACCACGAUUGCAGCAAAGAGGACAUGAUCACCUUGGGUGGGCUGCUGUUCAGAUGCAAAGUAGAUUCAGACAGGUCGCAGUUUGUCAUGAUCCCCAAGAUGCUGAGAGAGCUGGUUCCUGCUGACCAGAUAAAAAUCAUGUUCCCCGAAGAAUGGAAGAGGCACAUCAUCUCCUCCUACAACAAGCAGAGUGGCAUGACGGUGCAGGAGGCCAAAAUCGCCUUCCUGAGUGCCAUUUCAAGUUGGCCAACCUUUGGCUGUUCCUUCUUUGAAGUUAAACAAAUGUGUGAAUCUAGCUACCCGCAAAAAGUUUUGAUUGCCAUCAGCAAGAAAGGAGUCAGCUUAAUAGACCCAGAGAACAAGGAGCUGCUGGUCAUACACCCGUUCAGCCGCAUCACCGAGUACCACAGCAAAGGCAGCUUGUUCCAGAUGACCAUCGGCACCCUGGUGAGGGGAAUCACCUUUGCCUGUGAAACCUCGCAGGCUGACACAAUGGAGGACCUUCUUAGAUCAUACGUCAGCAUGUAUGAGAAGCAGAGACAGGCCUUCCACCCGAGGAACUACUUGUUUCCCUCAGGCCUCAAGGACAGCAGAAGUAUAGACUGAACUACUGUGAUUUAUAUGCACUCUUGAUUGAUUUCUUUAC